CUCUCAUACUUGGUUACCCAAAAUCCACAGUGCUUUAGAUUAACCAUUUCUGUAUGUCUGUUCUAAUCUGACACUUAUUUUGGGAAUAAUUUCCUUUUGGGACAGUAGCCCUUGUGUGAUUUAGAUAUCCAGAAGAAUGAUGUGCAUAAUGGCAAAGAGGUGUGUGAGUUUUUAUUUGUAACUUUGCAAGUCAUCACUAAACUCUUUUCCAGUUAAACCUCUAGCAGGAAGAUGCAUCUUGUUUUGUUUUACAUCUCUAAAUUGCAAGCUCUUACAGGCACAGCUUCCUAGGUAUUGUUGGAAUAAACAUGAUAAUGAUAAGGGAAAUAAGAAAAAAUAGUGGAGUGGGAAUGUCCCAGCAGAAUGGGACAUUGAUGUGAUUCAAAUAGUGAAGGCUCCGCUAUUGCUGAUACUUUGAUCUGUUUGUAUCUUGUGGUUAUGUGUAGUCUAGGACUUUGGUUCUAACCUAAUCGCUCUGUAUCAGAUCUUUUUCUGAAAUUCAUCUUAAAAGGGCAACAUCACUGCUAGUCUUCCUACUUCAUGUUUCUUCUUUCUUUCAGACCAGGUAGUUGCUAAUAAAAUUUCUCAGUCUUCAGGAGUCUUCACUUGGAAAGUAUAAGUAAUAUCUUCAAAAUUAAAUACAGUAUUUCAGCACUAAAUUUCUGGGAAAAUACUUCUGUAUAUUACAUGUACUGAUAUAUUAUUCAUACUCUUAUAAGUAUGCACAACGUGUUAUUUUGAAUGCAUUUGUAACUUUGUCUUAAUUGACCUUUUUUGCCUGUACUCUUAGAUGUGUAUGCAAUUUGUCAAAUGUUUCCAUUUCACUUAACAGUGUGGUACAAGUGGUUCUGAAGACUGACGGACAAACGGGGGAAUUAAGAAGUUGGUUAAAUAGAUCAGUUAGUUAAGCUAGAAUAAACCUGCAACACAGACCUUAGUUAAUCAAACAGUAAGCAUAUUAGAACUAGAUUUUGAGGAUAGAUAAACCCCUGUGUUCAGUUUCUGAAAGAUAAAUGCUUAUACUCUAUAAUACUCCUUUAAAGUUGGUGUUACUUAUUCCAUGCUGGUUUCAGUGACCUUUUUCUUGAUGUUUUCAAUACCUUUCCAAGGGUGGUGACAUAUGAAAGUUGCCACUACUUAAAAGUUAACUGAUAAUCUUGUUUCAAAGAUGAAAUCUUAAAGCAUCAUUACAUGACUAUUACUUGCAUGAAAAUGCAAUUUCCUUAAUGGUUAAUAAUGUGCUAGUUAAGGGUACAUGGUCAAAACAAGACUUCGUUCUUUGAGUGAAAGACUAGCAUAUGUUGUUUCUGGAUGAAGUUGAGAAAGAAAACUGUGUAUUUUACAUGACUGAUCGCUUCUAAAUUAGGUGCAAUAUUUAUUUUGGAUGGAUGGAGAGUAAGCAACAACUAAUAGCUGUGAAGUAGUAAACUGAGUUGCUUUACUUUCAUCUUACACAGAAUAUUGUGAAGUUCCCAUUAGUGGCUAAGAGAAAUCAUCAGCCAGUUCUCUGCUGGACAAACUUGAAUGUUUAAUCUCUGUUUCGCUAAAUGGUACACAGUUUACAGACAGUUCUGUUGGAUCAGAGUUCACAGGUGUUUCUCAGACACCAUUUACCUUUGGCUUGGGCCAAAGGGCACCAUAUACAACUGGCGAGCAUUGUCUUCUUUGUAGAAGUGAACGAAAAGAUACUUCGCUUUCAGAGAGCGGAAUAAAAAAUUCUAGCAAAACAGCACUUUCCACAUCUCCAAAAGCAAACAAUAUGCUGCAUCUUCCACUGUGGGUGUGUCCAGACUGUCGACGAACAGUCGAAAAGGAGGAAAGGCAUGCUACAAUAGAGCAAUCUCUUGUGAGCCAAGAUUUCCUUUUGCACAUGCCUCUUGGAAACAGUGGAUCACAGCAGGAAUCUGUAGGAGGAGGAAGAAUAACUGUUGCUGCACAGACGGUGCCUGCUGCAGAUCUUAACAAUUCCUCACCUUCAGACAUAGCAUGCAACUGUGAGGCCUGUAAUGAGCGCAGAGAAAAUUCAGCAGAGCCUGAACGUGAACCUCAGCAGCUUCAAAAUUACUGGUCAGAAGUAAGAUACAUGGUUCGGUGUAUAUAUCGCCAAGCUGGGACCCCUUUGGCAGAUGACCAAGACCAAUCUUUGGUACCAGAUAAAGAAGGAAUGAAAGAGCUGGUGGAUAGGCUUUGUGAAAGAGAUCCAUAUCAGCUUUACCAACGGUUGGAACAGCAAGCUAGAGAAUAUGUGCUUGAAAUGAAGGUUCGUCUGCUCAGACACUUGUCACUGGGAUCUAAAGUUGCAUCAACAUUAGCAAUACAAGGGCCACCACAGGCACAUCAGUUCAUCUCACUCCUACUUGAGGAAUACAGUGCACUCUGUCAGGCAGCAUGUACAAUCAGCGCCUUUCUAGUUACUCUGGAAAAUGAACAUUUGAAGAAAUUUCAGGUGACAUGGGAAUUGCACAAUAAACAUCUGUUUGAAAAUUUGGUAUUUUCUGAGCCACUCUUGCAGAAUAGCUUGCCAACGUUGGUGUCGCAGCUAAGGCUUGGAACAACACACGAUUCCUGUAGUGAAGAUAUGUAUAGUACCUUGCUACAAAGGUAUCAUCAGCUGGAACAGGAAAUGGGUCAAGUUGCUGAAGCAUGGCUUGAAUGCCAGAAAAGAAUAGAUGACUAUGUUGAUGAACAGAUGGCAAUGAAAACAAAACAACGCAUGCUAAAGGAAGACUGGGAAUUUUUUAAACAGAGGCGUUUUAUUGAAGAGCAGCUAAAUAACAAGAAAGCACUAGCUGGGGAGAACAACUUCACAGACACAAUGAGACACAUGCUGUCAUCACGUUUGAGCAUGCCUGACUGUCCCAACUGUAAUUAUAGAAGAAGAUGUACUUGUGAUGACUGCAGCCUUUCACACAUUUUAACAUGUGGCAUCAUGGAUUCUCCAAUAACGGAUGAUAUCCACAUUAAUCAGUUACCACUACAAAUUGAUUCUGCUCCGGAUUAUCUAUCUGAGAUCCGCCCACCCAGUAUGUCUUCAGCAAGUUCAGGAUCAGGUUCCAGCUCGCCCAUUACCAUUCAGCAACACCCCAGACUGAUCCUCGCAGAUAAUGGUUCUGCACCAACUUUUGGUAGUGAUGAUGAAGAUGUUGCACCAUUAUCAGCAAAAUUUGCUGAUAUCUACCCACUGAAUAAUUACGACGAUGCAGAGGUUGUAGCCAACAUGAAUGGAAUUCACAGUGAGCUAAAUGGUGGAGGUGAAAACAUGGCAUUGAAAGACGAGUCUCCUCAGGUGAGCAGUACUAGCAGCAGUUCCUCAGAAGCAGAUGAUGAAGAAGCAGAUGGGGAGAGCAGUGGUGAACCACCAGGGACUCAAAAGGAGGAAAUGUCUUUAGGAAAAAGGGCAUUAAGGAAAGAUGAAGCAAAAAUGGAUAGUCCACCACCUUCUUACCCCAGUCAGCAGGCUGACCAAGGUCCAAAUGCUUGUGAAUGUCACGUUUGCAAACAAGAAGCCUCAGGUCUAACAGCCUCUGCACUUGCAACUGGACGCCUGCCUGCUGGCCACCAGUUUAUGAAUCCUGAAAAACCUGCACAUCCUGCACUUCAUCUUUAUCCUCACAUCCAUGGACAUAUACCAUUGCAUACAAUUCCUCAUCUGCCUCGUCCACUUAUCCAUCCCACUUUGUAUACGGCUUCUCCCUUCACACACAAUAAGGCAUUACCGCCAGCUCCAGUUCAGAAUCAUACAAACAAGCAUCAAGUAUUCAAUGCAUCUCUCCAAGAUCAUAUUUACCCAAGCUGUUUUGGGAGCACUCCAGAUUGGAAUAGUUCUAAAUUUAUAAGUCUUUGGGGAUCAGAGAUGAUGAAUGACAAGAACUGGAAUCCUGCUACAUUUUUGCCUGAUACGAUUCCUGGGAGUGAUAUAUUAGCACCAGCACUCUCAGAAAUAAGACCCGAAGCACUUCCUACUACAUCUAGCAAUGAAGCAACAACAGUUAUUGACAGCAAAGAGAAAAAAAAUGCUGCAAAGAAGAAAUGUCUGUACAAUUUCCAGGAUGCCUUUAUGGAAGCUAAUAAAGUUGUCAUGGCAACCUCUUCUGCCACUUCUUCUGUCUCCUGCACAGCAACUACAGUGCAGUCAAGCAGCAACCAAUUCAAAGUAUCAUCCAAGAGACCUUCGUCGAUAGGUGAAGUGUUCCACAAUAUUAAUAAAGAGGACCAUAGACAUUCUGCACCAGUUGCACCACGAAAUAGUCCUACCAGUUUAGCAUCCCUUCCUUCGCUGUCUCCUGCUGCACUGUCUCCAGCCUCUACACCACAUCUUCCAAAUCUUGCUGCUCCUUCUUUCCCCAAAGCUGCUGCAACAGCCCCUGGAUUUGUGGAUCCUCAUUCAGGUCUUUGUCCUACUACAGUUGCACCUCCUACUUCAACCACAGACAGCUCUGUAAGUGCCCCACCAAGUGUCUGCAGUGAUCCUGAUUGUGAGGGCCAUCGCUGUGAGAACAGUAACACAUAUGAUCAUCAACAGUACGAUGGAGAGGAGAGCCAAGAUGAAGACAGCUGUUCAGAGCACAGCUCCAGUACCUCAACAUCCACAAAUCAGAAGGAAGGAAAAUACUGUGACUGCUGUUACUGUGAGUUCUUCGGCCAUGGAGGACCUCCAGCUGCACCAACCAGUAGAAAUUACGCAGAGAUGCGAGAAAAGCUUCGUUUACGUCUAACAAAAAGGAAAGAGGAACAGCCGAAGAAACCAGAUCAGAUCUCUGAAAGGGAAAGUGUUGUUGACCAUCGAAAGGUGGAAGACUUGCUACAAUUUAUAAACAGCUCUGAAACCAAACCAGUAAGCAGUUCUCGAGCAGCCAAGCGAGCCAGACAUAAGCAAAGAAAGCUUGAAGAAAAAGCUCGACUUGAAGCAGAAGCCAGGGAGAGGGAGCAUCAUCAGUUGCUUGAGGAACAGAGGCGGCGUGAGGAAGAAGAAGAAGAGAGGCUGAAACAAGAAUUACAACGGCUUCAAGAACUUCAGCAGUUGCGGGCUGUGAAGAAAAAGAAGAAAGAACGAACAAGUAAAGACUGUCAGAAGGUGGACAUGCUUACUCGAAACUGCCAGGCAGUGAAGGAAUCUGUCCCAAACGCACCCGAAGACAUUCACAAUGGUACACUUGAGCAAUCAGAAAAGAUAGAAACCUCCUCCGGUUCACUGUCAGGACAUGUGAAUCAUACAGAACAGAGGCCAGUUUCAGAGACAGGCUGUGAACUGUCCAAUCCUGUAAACACUAGAGACUCAAAGCUGCUUUAUCAGAAAGAGGGGAGUGUAAAGCAGCAUGAGCCCCUCUCUUUUCUGCUUGAUAUUAUGCAUCAACAUAAAGAAGGAAACAGCAAACAGAAACUAAAGCAGAUAAACAAACCGUGUGCUGAACAAGUGAAAAAGCCUCUUGAAUCCCCCAAAGCAGCUGAAAUUCAGACUAAAACCAGAAACCAAACAGAAUCCAAAGCAAAAGCAGCAGAGCUCCCAACACUUGCAGAACCUAAAAAAGAGGAAAAGAAACUAAACAAUAACAACAAAAAGCAGUUAAACCAUGUAAAGGAAGAGAAGGCACCUGUAACAAGUGAAUCCCCUUCACCAAGUGAUCAGCAACAAAAUAAUAAGCUAAUACUUGCAGAUUCUCCUCAACCAAAAGGCAAGAACAAGAAAAACAAGAAGAAAAAAGGGGACAAAGUCAACAAUUCCAUUGAUGAUGUGUUUCUACCCAAAGACAUUGAUCUAGAUAGCGUGGAAAUGGAUGAAACAGAGCGAGAAGUGGAGUAUUUUAAAAGAUUCUGCUUGGAUUCUGCCAGACAGACAAGGCAGAGACUUUCCAUCAACUGGUCCAAUUUUAGCUUGAAAAAAACCACCUUUGCUGCACAUUGAAAUGACACAAUAUGGGGAGGGAACCCUGCAGGAAUCAAUGAACGACAACUCCACUUACCUGUCCUGCUGUGCUGAGAGCUUAUCUGGUCUUGAGCCAGUGCUGCCUUGCCUUGUCCCCAGUGCUGUGUGGAUCUGCACUGAACCCUUUGGCCUGAUAAUUCUUGCGGACUGAAAAAUUGCCACUUUCUACCUGAAUUUGUUAGCUUGUGUGCUUGUAGUCUGUGAGUGAGACUUACUUGAUUGUAGCUGUAUGCCGUUGGAGUUGGAACAAUAGCUCUUUUCCAUCUCCUUCUGAAUGCCUUGGCCUCAAAGACUUUAAAUUGCUUAGGCUUGGGUGGAGGCCAAAAUACUAGUUUGCAUCAUCUGCAGUGGCUCCUGUCACUUCUGCAUCUAGCUAUGUUUUGUCAUUCUGACUCCUGACAAAGGAAUGGACCUAGUCAGUUGUGCUUUCAUCUGCUCCAGAAUUCUCCUGACAUGACUUCAUGAAAAAGAGGCUCUUAUGGGACAAGUAUUUCCUCAGUUCUUUCACAAUCUACUGUUUAAGAGUGUACAAGUUACGCUAUUUGUGUUUUGAUUUUUUUUUCUGACUUGUAGCCAGCUUGUGUAAGAAUACUUGCAGAAUGAGAAAAUUUAAAAAAGAACAGUACUCACACUAUCAAAUCUGUUAUAGAGUGUAUAAUUGUAUUAACACUGAAGCCUAACUGGCUACUUUUUUAACAUAUUGUUAAGUAAUAUUAAAAUCAUGUCUUUC